GAGAAACGCGAUUUCGUGAGUGCCGGAGCGGCUGCGGGAGUGGCGGCAGCAUUUGGUUCUCCAAUAGGUGGCGUUUUGUUUAGCAUCGAAGAGGGUGCGAGCUUCUUGAACCAGGAACUAACCUGGAGGACUGUACGUUUUGUGUUCUUAUCUGCGCUCAUAUCGUCUUUCUCGGUUAAUCUCGUGUUGAGUAUAUUUUACGGCGUUGGAGGAUUUUUAUCGUGGAACGGUUUGGCGAAUUUUGGAGUGUUUGAGAGUUCAGAAUACAAUAUCUGGGAGAUACCAAUCUUCCUUUUGAUCGGUCUCAUCGGUGGUCUGUCUGGAGCACUGUUCAAUUCGUUGAAUAUGAAACUUUCGAAGUUCAGAAGAAAGUUAGUCUUAUAUUAUUGA